AUUUAUGUCAUUGAAAAUGAGGCAAUCUUAAUACGCUUUCGGACAAAACGCACAAACACCGAUGAAAAGUCCUGAAAAAUAAAAUAAAUUUAAUGAGUGCAUACACAUACACACAUACACACAUACAUACAUACACACGUACAUAUACAUACAUACAGACAUGGAGACAGACAGGUGCAUACAUAAGCACUACAUACACGACAGACGGAUAGACAGACAGACAGACAAACACAUACAGAGUUCGAGUUUCAUCGAUAAUUUAUGAACGCACCGCAAGCACACAUCGCCAAUGAUAUGGAACAAAAAUCGAUAUGCGAAACGCUGCCCGCAAAAAGGUUUGACGCGUCAUCACGUGUUUGUCUGUGUAUGUGCAUGUAUGUGUGUGUGUAUGUAUAUAUGUCUAUUUAUGUAUGUCACGCAUAUGCGUGUGUGUAUGUAUGUAUGUGCAUAGAUGCAUGUAUAUGUUUGUCAUGUAAUGCAUGCAUGCUAUUGCAAGCUUUAGCUUUCCGUCACAAUUUACUCUCUAAGGAAAAAUGGAACAGCCCCAAAAACUUUACACGCUGGCAAGUGUGUGUGUAUGUGUGUGUCUGUGUGUCACUAGUUCCGUCCCAUACCUGCUGAUGACGAAUGUGCUACAUAUUAU